ACUUGUUCUCAGGAGGGAUUGAUUGACAGUGCCUUAAAAGGCAUCACUUACUCGGAAGUCACUGUGAGCGUUUCCGGGUCACGCGACGCUGAAGCUUGGGAGUCAUGUGAUACGAAGAUGGUGGUUCCGCGGUAGCUUCCGUGGGACAGUCCUAGGAGCCGCGACAGUUUCUGCCCUUAGGUCGUGGAGAGGCCCAUUUAAGUCACUGCAGCCGUCCGCGACUAGAAUUAAGGACCUGAUCCGAGCUGGGGCUGUUGAUGUCACUGGAAAUAUGAUCAGCGCCCCUGAUGUGGUGGCCUUCACCAAGGAAGAUGAGUACGAGGAAGAGCCUUACAAUGAGCCCGCCUUGCCGGAGGAGUACUCGGUACCUCUCUUCCCCUAUGCCAGCCAGGGGGCUAACCCCUGGUCUAAACUGUCCGGGGCCAAGUUCUCCAGGGACUUCAUCCUUAUUUCCGAGUUCUCUGAGCAGGUGGGACCCCAACCCUUGCUGACUAUCCCCAAUGACACCAAAGUUUUUGGCACUUUUGAUCUCAAUUACUUCUCCUUGAGGAUCAUGUCAGUGGACUACCAGGCUUCGUUCGUAGGUCACCCUCCUGGUUCUGCCUACCCCAAGUUGAACUUUGUGGAGGACUCUAAAGUGGUGCUGGGAGACUCCAAGGAAGGGGCCUUUGCAUAUGUGCACCACCUUACCUUGUAUGACCUGGAGGCCCGUGGCUUUGUAAGGCCCUUUUGUAUGGCUUAUAUCUCUGCAGACCAGCAUAAAAUCAUGCAGCAGUUCCAGGAGCUUUCGGCUGAAUUUUCCAAAGCGUCCGAGUGCUUGAAGAUGGGUAACAGGAAGGCAUUUGCUGGGGAACUUGAGAAAAAGCUGAAAGACUUGGAUUACACAAGGACAGUGCUGCACACAGAAACUGAGAUCCAGAAGAAAGCCAAUGACAAAGGCUUUUAUACAUCUCAGGCAAUUGAGAAAGCCAAUGAACUAGCUAAUGUGGAGAAGUCCAUCAUUGAGCAUCAAGAUUUGCUGAGGCAGAUCCGCUCAUACCCUCGUCAGAAGAUGAAGAUACCUGAUUUGCAUCCUGGUGAUAUGGAGCAUACCCAAGAUCAGGCUGACCAGGUAUCCGCUACCUCUAACCCUGAGGAGUCAGCUAAUGCAGACCUUUAUACCUGCAGACCGGCUUACACCCCAAAACUCAUCAAAGCAAAGUCCACCAAGUGUUUUGACAAGAAGUUGAAGACCUUGGAGGAACUCUGUGACACUGAGUAUUUCACGCAGACCCUGGCCCAGCUUAGCCACAUUGAACACACGUUCAGAGGGGACCUAUGCUAUCUCCUGACCCGUCAGAUUGACAGAGCACUUCGAAAGCAACAGCACAUAACAAAUUUCCUCUUUGAAGACUUUGUAGAGGUUGAUGACAGGAUGGAGAAACAAGAGAAUUUGCCUUCUCAACCCAGUCAGGACAGACUGCCUUCCAGGCCUGUGGAAGAAUGCCCCAUUCCUAAAGUGUUGAUUAGUGUUGGUUCUUACAAGUCCAGUGUGGAGUCUGUGUUGAUCAAGAUGGAGCAGGAACUUGGAGAUGACGAGUAUAAGGAAGUGGAGGCCACAGAGUCAAGCAGCUUCGACCCCCAAGAAAACCUGGACUACCUGGAUAUGGACAUGAAAGGGAGCAUCAGUAGUGGGGAAAGCAUCGAGGUUCUGGGCACUGAGAAGUCAUCUUCCGUGCUGUCCAAAUCUGACAGCCAGGCCAGCCUCACGGUGCCCUUGAGUCCCCGUGUAGUCCGUAGCAAGGCAGUCAGCCACAGGACAAUUAGUGAGGACAGUAUUGAAGUCUUAAGCACCUGCCCGUCUGAGGCCCUCAUUCCCGAUGACUUUAAGGCCAGCUACCCAAGUGCCAUUAAUGAGGAAGAAACCUAUGCAGAAAAUGAGGGGGGCAUCCGUUUCCAGGCAAGUGUCAGCCCAGCAGAACUGCGUGAGACUCAGGAGGGCAGCUUGGAAAAUACCCCAUCCCAAAUAGACUCCAGCUGCUGUAUUGGAAAGGAGAGUGAAGGUCAGCUGGUUCCUCUUCCCACUCCAGCUUACACUCUCUCUGAUGAGGAUGGUGUGGUGAGCAUCCCCCCACAGCGCUACAGGCAGAAGGAUCAGGGGAUCCAUGUGGACGUCAUGAUGGAAAACACUGACCCUUCCAGAGACAACAGUUGUGAAAUGUUCCCUGCUUAUGAGCUGGAUCCAAGCUGCCUUCUGACUAGCCGAGAUAUUAGUAAAACGAGCCUGGAUAACUACUCGGAUACCACAAGCCACAUGAGCAGUGUGGCCUCUACCAGCUCGGACAGAAUCCCCUCUGCUCACUCUGCUGGCCUGUCCUCUGAGAGACACAAAAAGAGAGCCGGUCAGAACGCCUUAAAAUUCAUCCGCCAGUACCCUUUUGCCCACCCAGCUAUCUACUCCCUACUUAGUGGGAGGACACUUGUGGUCCUGGGUGAAGAUGAAACCAUAGUCAGGAAGCUUGUAACUGCACUGUCCAUCUUUGUCCCCAGCUAUGGCUACUAUGCCAAGCCAGUGAAGCACUGGAUUUCCUCCCCUUUGCACAUUAUGGAUUUUCAGAAGUGGAAACUUAUUGGCCUACAGAGGGUGGCCUCCCCUGCCAGUAUGGGUACCCUCCAUACCCUGAGUCGUUACAGCCGCUACACAAGCAUCCUAGACCUGGACAGCAAGACCCUCCGCUGCCCCUUGUACAGGGGUACACUGGUGCCCCGCCUGGCUGACCAUCGCACUCAGAUCAAGCGGGGCAGCACAUACUACCUACACGUCCAGAGCAUGCUCACCCAGCUCUGCUCCAAGGCAUUCCUCUACACCUUCUGCCACCACCUACACCUGCCUGCCCACAGUGAGGAAACACAAGAAGCAGUGGCCAGCAGGCAAACCAGCUUCCUAAAGCUCAACCUGGGACUCAUGAAUGAGGAUAUCAAAGUAGUGCAGUACCUGGCUGAGCUGUUGAAACUGCACUACAUGCAAGAGUCACCUGGGACCACCCACCCCCUGCUCAGGUUUGACUAUGUCCCCAGCUUUUUGUACAAAAUCUAAGGGUUCCAGCCACUGUGACCAAGACCUGUGACUUGAUAAUGGGGAGGGAGAAGGGCUGGUGUGACUAAAUGGUUGCCUGAGCUGGAGUGUUGAGCUUUCUGGGGUCAGCGGGAAGGAAACAGGUGGUAGUCGUGGGUCCCAUCUCACUCUGGGCAGUGUGUGAAGUGGGCUGAGGAGAGGUGGAGCCUGGCUCUCCAGAGGUGGCUGGAAGAACUGCAGCUGCUCUUGGUUCCAUGGGGAAGUGGCUGCCAAAUAAGGGGGUGGCCUUAAUUUCCCAAGGCCAGGCAGUCUGAGAAAGCUCCAGACCCUGUGGGGCUGGAAAAGAUGAGGCUAAGUAGCCAAAGCCUGGAUGACACCCAAGUGGCAGAAUCAGCCUGGGAACUGUGGUGUGUAUGACACAGGACAGCCAUCACCUCCAUCUACCUCUACCAAGGUCCUUUACUUGGCUUCCUGGAGCCCGAUAACAGGGGAGACCCCUGAACAAGGACGUGGAGGAACAGUGAUCCGGUCAGUUGAAGAGACACAUCUGGGCUCUGGGUGGAUACAGACCAUAAGUGGCCCUUUGUCCUGGCCUCCUCUCUGUCAAGGAAGUGCUUAUUGAGUUCCUGGGGUCAUUCCUCAUGGUGGUCCUGGAUAUGAAGCAGAUGUCAAACAGCUACAGCCAGUACAAGAACUAUCUGGGGAGCUGUAGAUGAAGCAGGUCAUAGGCCAUCCCCACUAUGUGAGAGAAGCUGCCCACUGGCUCCUCUCGGCCAUAACAUGAACUUGGGUGCCUCUGGAAAGCCUGCAGCACUUUAUUACCUCUCCUGGGGGUUGGGGCUUAGUGACAGCUGAGUUCUGACUGGAACAUAGGAGCAAGGCUAUCCUGUACCAGCUCCUGGGUGGCUGUUAUUAUAUUCCCCAUCUGGGAGGCUGUGUGCACCUCCAUCCUUACAAUCAUCCCCAUGUAAUUCUCUCUUCCAUUCAAAGAACUUUGAGCCUGGGAGGGAGGCACCUUCUUGUCCCCACCUGACCCCCUGGUGGCCAUCGUCCUGACCUCCCUGGGACUCCUAUUGCAGCUGUUCCUGUUGUGCUCCAUAUUGUGCUUCUCACUGUCUUGAAAAUGUGAGACCUGUUUAAAAAAUGUUUUCUCAGCCAGGCUGCGGUGGUGCACACCUUUAAUCCCAACACUCCAGAGGCAGAGGCAGCUGGAUCUCAGUGAGUUCAAGGCCAACCUGGUCUAAGUUUCACGACAGCCAGGGCUGUUACACAGAGAAAACCUUUCUCGGAGGGGAAAUGUUUUCUCUCUAAAUAGAAGCUCUGUUUGUUAUUGCUGCUUUUUAUUUUGCUAUCAAGACAAAACCCUGCAGUAAACUGGACCUGCAUCAGCCCUGUGCAUGCAUCUGUUAGAUGCUCUGUCCCCUGCACUCGGGUCUGUCAGCUGGCAACACCACUGAAGUCUCUAACAAGAAGGAACCCUGUAGAAGCCAAGUAACCAAACAAAGAUGGCUUGUAGCAUGCCAUGUGUCUUUGACACAAAGUUGCAACCUGUUUGUUCUGGUCCAUGGCUUCAGGUCAUGGUCCCCAUUUCAUUUUAGACAGGAUGUGGUUUUGCUUCUGAGGUUUUGUCAGAACCAGGAUUUUGUCAUUGUCUGUUACAUGUAUUUACAGACACCUUAGCUGCUGUGGUUUCUCUUCAUGGGCUUCUUCAUCUACUAUUGCUUCUUAGUAGCUAAGUGCCGUUUCCUCAGGCCUCCAAGGAUGAAUGUGCUAAUGGAGUUCAAGAGUCAGGCUGGGAAGUGACAGUUGCUGGUACUGCAGCCUCAGCUUGGGGACUGGAAGGUGAACACUGUUCCCUGCACUGAGAAAGGUGGAUGGGCUGCCCACUUUGGCCUUCAGCACACUGAAAGCACAGAUUUGAGUGCUCUCAACUGGAGCUCCAGAUACCAGGUACCUCCUUGGCAUUCAGCCACAGGGUGACCCAGAAGACAAAGCCAAGCCUGGUGUGCAGUGGGCAUAACAGUCUUGUGUGGCAGCUGUGGCGAUGGCAAACAGGUGCCUCUUGAAUGGCUUCUCACUAAAUGCAGAUUAACAAGGGGUCAAACUCUAUUUACUUUGUUUUUGAGACAGUAUCUCAUGUAACCCAGGCUGAGUUCAAACUCAGAAUGUACCAAGGAUAACCCUAUAAACUCUUACUUUUUUUUUCUUUUGUUUGUUUUUCAAGACAGGGUUUCUCUGUGGCUUUGGAGGCUGUUCUGGAAUUUGCUCUGUAGACCAGGCUGGUCUCGAACUCACAGAGACCUACCUCUGCCUCCCGAGUGCUGGGAUUAAAAGUGUGCGCCGCCGCCACCUGGCAACCCUAAACUCUUGAGCCUUCUGCCUCCACAUCCCCAAUUGCUGAGAUUAUGGGUAUAUGCCACCAGUACUAAUGUCUAGAUUUAGACUUUGGUUUGGAUUUGAAAGGAUCAUUUAAUGCUGAAAUCAUGUUUCCUCUCGGGAUUAGUCACAGAGACUGAGUUUGGACAAAGGCAGUUAAUGCUUUGCUCCUCUGCUUUAGAGGACUGGAAUCUUCUAGAAGACAUGUAUGUAUACACCUCUAUGCUGUGAAGACCUAUGCAGCAGAACUCAACUCCUGAAAUUUUCAUAUACCCAUUGGGUGGUGGCGCACAUCUCUAAUCAAUCCCUGCAUUCAAGGCAGACAGAUGGAUCUCUUGUGAGUUAGAAGUCACCCUGAUCUACAUGAGGAGUUCCAGGCCAGCCAGGGCUACACAAUGACAUCCUGUCUCAAAGAACAAAAGGUUUCCACUGGAAGUGUUAGGCUAGUAAGGCUUUUGUUUGUUUUAUUCUUGAGACAGUCGUGUAUAGCCCAGGAUAAUUUUGAACUCUGUAGCUAAGGCUGACUUUGAACUUCUGAUCCUCCUGCCUCCACAUGCUGAGAUUGCAGGACUGUUCUGGCUAGAUUACACGAUUUUGGGGAAUGAACCAAGGAUCUCAUACAUACUAGGCAAGCACCCUACCAACUGAACUACACCCCUCUAGCCUGGCUAAUAAAGAUAACAGAGCUCUUCUUUAUUCCUAUUAUUUUGAGUCCUGGCACUAAAACUGGUAAGUCAGGUUUAUUUCAACUUGACUGCCAAGCAAUUACUUCCCUUCCUGUUUUAAAGAUUGUUCAGUUUAAGAACCAUUCAACUGAGCUGGUACAUUGUUCUACCAUGAUACAAGUCAUGCUUAUACGUUACUCAACGUUCACAUACUCCACUAUCGAGAUCAGGCCAUGGUCUUCUAUACAAUGUGGAACAUACUGGCUUUAGUUGCCACCUCCUGUCUCACCAUUUCCCUUCAGUUGAACCUUGACUUUAAAAUGUUUUAAUUCCGCCAGGUGGUGGUGUCACAUGCUGGCAAAUCUCUGGGUUCGAAACCACCUGAUCUACACAGACCCUGUCUCAAAAACAAAUGGUUUAACCCCUCCAUGAUUUGCUACUGAAGUGUCUGAAGUUACUCUUAAACUUGGAACUGGACUUCAGUCAUUCCUGAUCUGACCUUUAACUCCUUUAUUUUAGAACAGUUGCAAUAUGUAAAAUACAAAGGAUUUCAACCCCAUCUAAAUUAGUUCCCAUCUCCUAAUCCUAGGAAAGCAGACCUCCCUUCUCCUUUGCCAAGUGUCAAAGCCAGCAGUGUAGUGCUGUGUGGUACUGGAGUCAGAACUCCUAGGUUGUCUUGUAUGCAUCUUGGCUACCAGCCUGCUUCACUGUCCAUGCCACUCCCCAGCCUGAGUGCUACAUAUUGGACCAAUGUCAUGUGCUACAGCCGCCAUGGUUUUUCUCCCAAAUGGUUGGGUAGUAGUAGUUCACCUAGUCAGGGAUCAUGUACCAUUAGGUAUGCAAGGCCUCUGGAGGUACCAAAUCCUCGUGGCAGUAGGCCAUCCAGGCUACUUUCUACUUCCCUAGAAAACUCCUAAGAAAGUGCCUUGGCUUUCUGGCUUUACCCUAAUACUGUGAUCAAACUGGAAUUGUUAAGGGACACACUCAUACUUAGGCUGCAGAAAGAUUAGAUUUCUUUUGCUCUGAAAAAAAAAAAAACUUUGAGCUUAAACUUUGGCCCACUAAGCUUUGGGAAGAAACAGCAGGAACAGAUGAGGCAUAGCAGUGGGAAAAAAGCGUCCUACGGUGUUAUCUACUGGUUUACAGUGUAGGUCCCUAGGAGGCCCUACUUGGAGCUGUGUGGUUGUCUUCAGAGAGGCAGGAAUUAAGAUUGCUAAAGUGUGCAGUGGCCCCACAAUCAGAGAUAAGGACCAGUAUGCCACCCCGCCCUAUGGAAACAGACACAGCUGUCUUCACUGGUGGAGACAGGACCAACAAUGGACCAGCUCCCAAGGAGUCUUGGCCAAACUGUCUUAUACUGGACAGCUGGAGCUACAGGCUGGACUGAGGCACACAGCAGUUAGUGAGCAGCACAGUCUGCAGUGAACUCUUGCUAUUUUCUAAGAAGCUAUUUUACUACUGCAUGUCCCACCGUGUCUGUGAAUGUGUCCCAACCUGCAAACUGCAGUCACAGUACUGGAACCAGAGCACUGCUGAUGUGACUGUGUCCCACAGGCAUUAUACACAAAAGUUUAACCAGCGUAAAUGCCAACAAAUAGUAUGAGGAGUGUACUUUUUAAGAUAUUAAUUUAUUUGAGUUCAGAUAUUUUUAAAAUAUAGAAACUGGUUGUAUUUUUUAAAGCUAUAAUUCUUGUAGACAUUCUGUGGGUAAAAAUUUGAUUGUGCAUAUUAAGUCACCAAUGGUUUGCAAUUCAGCAAUGUGAAAAAUAAAGACUCUUUGGGAAGGUA